AUGAACCACUCGCCCAGCCCUCACCUCCCUGAUGGGGGUAAGUCUGCAGGGAGCCUGCUCUGUGCCCUGGGUCUGUCUGGAGGCAGUGAUCGGAAUACCAUCCGCUCCCCUGACAAUUCAGCCCACAGCCCCAGUCCCACAGGGGGCACUCCCAGCUCGAGUCCUCCUCUGCUGCUGUCCCCUGGCGGGAUGAGCUCACUGGGGUUCGGGGGUCUGACAGACGGGGCUGGGGGGGACUGGGAGAGCAGAGAGGAGCUGAGGCUGCGGGAGCUGGAGGAGGCCAGGGCCAGGGCGGCUCAGAUGGAGAAGACCAUGAGGUGGUGGUCUGACUGCACGGCCAACUGGAGGGAGAAGUGGAGCAAGGUGCGUGCUGAGCGUAACCGCGCCCGUGAUGAGGUGAGGCAGCUGCGGCAGCGACUGGACGCCCUCACCAAGGAGCUGACGGGAGCGCGGAGAGAGAGACAGGAGCUGGUCUCUGCAAACGAGACUCUGAGACAGGAAGUGCUGCAUCUCCAUGGCGACCACGCGACCCCAGCCACACACGUCCCACUUCCCUCCACUCCCCCGCUCACAGAAGGGGGGAUCCCGGAGUCCCCGGAGUCAGAACCGGUCCGAGAUGUGGACCGGGACAAACAGGACUGUCUGCAGAGAGACGUGGAGCUGCUGCUAUUGCGCUCCAGACCUUCAGGGGACGACACUCUUGAGUCUUGGGACAAACCCUCCGGAUCUCCAGGGGGCGAUACUCUGGAGCCCUUGGACAGAUCACCUCGCUCUCAGUGGAAACGAGUGGAGCGUGGCCGACCGUGGGACCUCAGCUCCACAGAAGAAGAUCCCAGCAAAGUGAAUGCUCUGCAGCUGAGGCUGGACCAGGCCCAGAAGGUCCUGCUCAAGGAGAGAGAUGACAAACAGACUCUGGGCAAAAACAUUGAGCGUCUGGAGACAGAGCUCAGUCAGUGGAAGCUCAAGUACGAGGAGCUGAACAAGACCAGACAGGAGGCCCUCAAACAGCUGAACAUGCUGAAGGAGGUGCAUCAGGACGAGCUGGGUCGCAUGUCUGAAGACCUGGAGGAUGAGCUUGGGGCAAGGUCCAGCAUGGACAAGAAACUGGCAGAGCUACGAGCAGAGAUGGAGCGUCUUCAAGUGGAGAAUGCAGCGGAGUGGGGCAGGCGAGAGCGGUUGGAGACGGAGAAGCUGGCUCUGGAGAGAGACAAUAAGAAGCUCCGUGCUCAGGCCGAAGACUUGGAGGAGCAGCUGGCCAAGAAGAGACGGCAGGCCGCGAGUGUUCUGGACUCUGACCUCAAGGCCAUUCAGACCGAGCUGUUCGAGAGGAACAAGGAGCUUGCAGACCUGUCGUCACCUCCACUCGAAGCUGAAGAAGCAGGUUCAGGAGAAGAUGGCAGAGCUGUCUCACGCCAACAGGAGAAUGGAAGGACACGAGGCUGA